AUGUCAUUAGUUGAAAUAAAGCCAGAUGUGCUGGAAUACAAGCCACCAUUUACUGAACAAUCUACUGAAUAUGCUACAAUUACUAAUAAUUCCGAGCAAACUAUUGCAUUUAAAGUGAAGACUACAGCUCCAAAAUUCUAUUGUGUUAGACCUAAUGCUGCUGUCGUUCAGCCAGGUGAGACUGUACAAGUACAAGUCAUCUUCCUUGGUCUACCUGAAGAACCGGCUGCUGAUUUUAAUUGUCGUGACAAAUUCUUGGUAAUAACAUUGCCUGCACCACACGAUUUGGGUGAAAAGACCGUUGCUGAAGCAUGGUCAGAAUUAGAAGGUGAGUUUAGUAAACAGGCUAUUUCCAAAAAGAUCAAGGUCAAAUAUUUGAUCGAUUAUAAACCUGAAGAAGCAGGUGAAAUACAACGAGAAGAAGAAGAAGAGCAACAAGAAGAGAGUACUGUCAAACCAAUUGAAAAGGAAGAUAUAGAGAAACCAGUUGAAGAACCAAAGGAAGACGUUGUUAAACCACUAGAAAAGGAUGCUACCGGACCAAAGGAAAAUGAAAAUGGCUCCAUAAAUAUAUUUGGUAUUUCUAUUAUUGUCAUAUUAGCACUUUUCCUUCGUUGGUAUUUCUAUUAA